AUGGCCGCUAAGUUCGCUGUCAAAUCUCUAGACCACCUGGUCUUGACAGUCCGGUCCAUUCCGGCAUCCGUCGCGUUCUAUACGAAUCACUUGGGAAUGAAACAUGAAGUCUUUACUUCACCCAGCAACCCGGAUAUUCAGCGACACGCUCUUCGAUUCGGAUCCCAGAAAAUCAACCUGCACCAGAGCGGGAAGGAAUUCGAGCCCAAGGCUCAAAAUGUCAUGCCAGGAAGCGCAGACCUGUGCUUCCUGACGGACAUGAAAGUGGAGAAUGUUCUUAAAGCUUUCGAGGAAGCUGAGAUCGAUGUUCUCGAAGGUAACAAAGUCGUGGAACGCACGGGUGCGGUGGGGAAGAUCCGGAGUGUUUAUGUGCGCGAUCCGGACGGCAACUUGAUUGAGAUAUCGAACUACUCUUGA